AGAAAGUAUGCUUAGACUCAUCCGAUAUCAGUGUUUGAAGUCCUGCAACGCCGUCUAUUCUUCAUCCCUUGAUUUGUGGUGCAGCAUCAGCAUCUAAAACGUCAAAAAUUGUGCAAACAUUACAUCCACGUCGUUAAGAGUACAAAGGAAGAGAUACGUCAUGGCUAUCUGCAUCACCUUCGGAACUCAAGAGUUUUCCUCAAGACUUGAAGGGUACGAGCAAGUCCGAGCAUUUUGCUACAACUGUAAGUCCCAACGCCACUGUACGCAUAGAAAGCAUAUUCUAACUAGAUGUCGAACAGGCGGGAACUGGGAUGGACACUGUGAAUCAAGGUGGUCUUGGAUUACCAUCUGCUUUCUUCCGGUGAUCCCACUGUCAACCCACAAAUACAAAGAGGUCCGUUGUGGUCGGUGCGGAUUUACUCAAGAUCUCAGUAUACGUCCUGAUAUUACACCGGCUACGCGCCCCCCGCCUGGGGCUUCUUGGGGUCCUGCAUAUGGACACCCACCACAGCAAUAUUCUCAACCAUACACUGGGCCUCAGCCACCCCCUCCCGCUGGGCAACAACACCCAACGCCCCCCUUCGGAAAAAUGACACAUCCACGCACUAGAGACUUCAUUAUCCAUCCAUCCCCUACGCCUACUGCCUAUCACAUCUUCUUCCUCCCCGGAAACCCAGGGCUGGUAGAAUACUAUGCUGGUUUCCUACAAUCACUGCAUCAAUCACUGAACUCUACAGCAUCUUCAAAAUUCCAUGUCGCGGGGUACUCAUUCGGGGGAAAUAAACAUACAAUUGUUAAUGAUGGACUUCACAGCAUCACCGAACAAACAGAUCUUGCUCUCGAGAAGCUGCGACAGUAUAUCGCCGAUCAAGGAGAAGAAGAAGCAAAGGAGCAGAGCACCCAAAUAAACGAAAGACCUAAAGUUAUUCUCCUUGGUCACUCUUUUGGCACCUUUGUGACAACAGAAAUGAUAAAGCGGAUAUCAAGCGAGCGAUUUCGGGAAAAAUAUGAAAUAAUCGGAAACGUACUUUUGUUUCCCCCAAUACCAGACUUAGAAAAGAGUCCCCGGGGAACUAGAGUCGCGAGCCUAGCAAGGUGGAAGUAUCUGCCAAAUGUGUGUUCGUUUCUGGCAAGGGCCGUGUAUUCUCUGCCUCUAGUCUGGGCGAAUGCUGUGAUCAAACAUUUUACUGCUUUUCCACCUGAUGCUCUUGAGACUACACGUGCCUUUUUUGGUAGCAAAACCGGUGUGGCGCAAGCACUAUAUAUGGCUAGACUAGAAAUUGACGAGAUCAAACUCUCGCGGUGGGAAUCAGCCUUCCAAUACACAUCAAAACUGACGCCCACCCCACGAAUACGCAUUUUCUUUGGGAAAAAUGAUUACUGGGUCUGUGAUGAGCUGAGAGAUGCCUUCGUGUAUAAAUACUGUGAUGCUACUGGACCAAAAGCGUUUGGAAGGGACUUGGAUAUUACAGCAGAAAUCGACCCGAGUGACGAUGGAGAUGAGGCGAGUGUCAUGAUUCCCCAUGACUUUUCGAUACGUCACAGCGAGCAUGUGAUUCCAUACGUGGCUAGAUUUAUUGAAGAUAUUAUUAAUCACGAAUAG